AAAUAUAUAAAUUAUGAAGAAAUCUUACCCAUAACUUCGUUUCCAUUUCCGCCAUCUUUCUUUUCGGUUUUGUGUCCCACUGAAUCAUCAUGAAGUGAGUUUACGGAAUAAUAUCUAUUGCCAUCAACGCUUUAAAAUAACAGUUUUAUUGAUAGAAAUGCACUAUUAUACAGAAUGACACGUUGAUCUUCUAAUAAUUGUUUAUAUUACUCCGCUACAGGGUCGAGCUGUGCAGUUUCAGUGGGUACAAAAUAUACCCCGGCCAUGGUGUCCGAUACGCCAGAAUAGAUGGGAAGGUAGGGCGCUCUAAAUGUCUACUCAUUUCCUUCUUCUAAUGCCACUUAGUUAAGUUUGGUUUAUCGUGGUUGAUCACAAUAAGCCGUGGCUGACAUUGUGUUGAAAUUCUUACAAUAGAACUGUUCAUGGAGUGUUUACUCGGUUCUUGGCCUGUCCCUUGGACAGACGCUGCAAUGCAAUGCAUUCAUUGUUGUGACUAAGAGGAGCACAACCACGACCGGAAGUGACUUUUCGUAGUAGUUUGAGAACAUUUUAGGUAACUCUUACCCUAAUUCUCAUAACCUUCUACAGUAAUUCUCCUAAACUGCUGUGUAAGUUCUCCUAACAUACUACGAAAAAGUCACUUCUGGUCGUAGCUGUAUACCACCUAGUCAAAACCUUUAUCCAAGGCAGGUAUAACAAUAUUACAACUAGACAUGUGCAUGUCAACAUUACAUUGACAUUACAUUUUAGUCAUUUAGCAGACGCUCUUAUCCAGAACGACUUACAGUUAGUGAGUGCAUACAUUUUCAUACUGCAAUCAAUGUAGUUAAGGUUCAAUGAAGGGAGUCAGUGUUCCUCCGGUCAUCCAUCAUCACAGCUGGAGACUAAUAACUGCAUCUGAACCAAGGACAGGAGGCACCUUGACAUUUAAAUUAGCUGCCAAAUAACUGUCAUAUGCUACAGCUCACUCAUGUAUAGUUUAACUUACCCCACCCACCCAGGUUUUCCAGUUCCUGAAUGCUAAGUGUGAGGCUGCCUUCCUGGCCAAGAGGAACCCCAGACAGAUCAACUGGACUGUGCUGUACAGGCGCAAGCACAAGAAGGGCCAGUCAGUAAGUACCAUGUGUGCAUAAUUUCCCCUCAAAUGCUGACAAGCAGUGGCUAGUGUGAGUGUUUACCUUGUGAUUCAGUUAUACAACAUAAGUUCUGACAUGGUGUGUUUUGGUGUGCCUUUGUUUUUGGCUGCGGGUGGGACGGAGUGCGUGGUUGCCAUCUGCGUUAUGUGCUGUUGCUAGGCUGUGUCCUACAGCUUGUACGGCAGUGCUCACGCCACACACCUGCGGCCAUAGAGCCACUGGAGAUCAUAGUACUGGCUCUGUGACGUCUCUGACUCCUUACCACUGGCCAGCCUCCAUACUCUCCUACAAACCUUAUAUGUGAGAAAGAUGUUAGGGGUUUGCAGUAAUGCCGUACACCUGCGUGAUUAUUACUGUUCAUUUGGCACAAAACUAUAGUGUUAAUGAGAAUUCUUAUUGGACUAGUUCAGCUACAUGAGUGCUACUUAAAUUGCAACGUUUUCUCCUGGUGUUGUGCCUACUAAUAUCCUAACACUCAUCAACACUACCAAACUGCCCAUACCUGAUCCUGAAUGUGGCCAUGCUGUUCCUGACUGCAUGUUGUGUUCAUUUCCUGUCCUAACAGGAAGAGGUGACAAAGAAACGCACACGCCGUGCCGUGAAGUUCCAGAGGGCCAUCACUGGCGCCUCUCUGGCUGAGAUCAUGGCCAAGAGGAACCAGAAGCCUGAGGUCCGCAAGGCCCAGCGUGAGCAGGCCAUCAGGUGAGGACCUCACCAAAACCAUGCUUGACCAGAAACUUGGCUUUAGAUGUAAAAUGUCAAUGGCUGGCAUUUUGGUGCCAUAAAAAGUGAAUUGUCUACUGCUGUAGUGAACUGUUGUGUAGUGUUCAACAAUUUAGUGUUGUCAGUUGAUCUGUGAAGCACAUCUAACUGUUCACACUGUGACACUGAAUUUCCUGUGGUACUGCUGUUUUUUAUUGUAUUUUUCAUCUUCAACAGUGAAUUGUCAGUCUUGGUUUUUUAGCCACGUAAACGCAAUAGAUACGCAAUAAUGGCGUUUUAUUACUCUGGUGAGUCAAGGUGUUAUUUCUGCAGUCUGGACUCUUGUCUUGUUGGGUUGUUUUGUGGAUGUGUGGCAUUGGCCUAAUUUCUAUCGUUCUUUUGUCACCAGAGCUGCCAAGGAGGCCAAGAAGGCAAAGCAGACAACCAAGAAACCCUCUGCCGCUGGUGCUAAGGUAAGCUUAAUAUAGCCAUGUCCAUAUAUAGGACAGUGCGAAUCUGAUUGGUCAGAAGCCGGUCAGAAAGUAAAACCAUUUAUGACCUGUGUUUAUUAAACGCAGCAAGCCAAUUUCCGCAACUGAGCAUGUAGCAAGAUGCUCCGCAGUUAUCAUGUUGCAGGAGAGUGACGGGACCACUCACAAUCGCAUCCUCUUGGAUCGCUCUACAAUAUCUUUGCUUUACAUUGCUGCUCUUGGUCACCUCAUAUCGCUGAGCCUCUGGCAUAAAUGUAUCACAUGGUUUUCAUUUAUGCUUGGAAUUCUAAUGGCACAAAGUGGUUUACCACCAGUACUGUGGUCAAGUACUAAAUUAGAUUCUUAUUGGAGAGUCCGAAGGCGUUUUCCUUACGUCCCUUUCAUAUUGACAGAAAUCUCACUUUUACCAUGCCUGCAUUGUUAUACCAGCUUUUUCAUCUGAAAGGAGUAGGGCUACAGAACUAUCGGUUGGGUCGAUUUAUUUUUGGCCGAUUUAUUAGCCAUUCCUAGUGUAUCGGCUUUUCCCAUUUAUAGCGAGUGCACUUGCCUCGUGUGACACUCCUGCAAGCCGGCGCCACUCAUUGCUAGUUAGCCUGUUCUCGAGGAACCUCAGAGCUGCAUAUAAAUGUAGCACACUAAUAAUGCCACACGGAAUGUAGAAAUGUUGAAAGCGAUAAUUCAUUUACUGUUACUGCAAAACAAUGUCCAUACAGGCUGCAGGACUUUACAAGGCAACAUACCGCUAGCUAAACAACAUUCAUUUAUAGAGCUAACUUUGCUAGCUAUAAAGCUAAGUCAGUUCACUACCCUAGAACUGUAUUUGUGAUAGCUAAUAUGCAAUCCAUAAUGCAAAAUAUGCUAAUUUCAAAGCUGAUUGUCACCAAAUCCCGUGUAGCUCAGUUGGUAGAGCAUGGCGCUUGCAACGCCAGGGUUGUGGGUUCGAUUCCCACGGGGGACCAGUAUAAAAAAAGAAUCAUGCACUCACUAACUGUAAGUCGCUCUGGAUAAGAGCGUCUGCUAAAUGACUAAAAUGUAAAUGUUGUGAAUUCGAAGCUGGUGAAAUUACUUGGCUUUCCCUUACCAAACUCCCCGAGCUGAACUGCUUGGUUACAUGACACAAGUGGUGUCUUCUCUCUUAAAGAGACGGUGCACAUUUUUAUAAACGACAAUGGGCUACUUCUAUAAUAAUGUUGAUCAGGUGGCCUAACAUGGUCCCAAAUGAAAGGGAAACAGAUUGUCAUCUGUAGCCCCAUAGACUAAUGAAAUCAGCCAAACGAGCUCAAUAACUCAAUGCAUGCACAGUCCUAUUGAAUAUGAAUUCACCUGUAUUGUGAGUAGGCCUAUGCCAUCUUGAUUUACCCAGUUUAUCAAGAGAUUUACCAUUCAAAAAAGUAUUACCGUUAUGUAGUUUAUUAAAGGCAAAUUGACUGUAAUGGAUGUGUAAUUGAUUUGUUAAUGCAUGCAUACAUAGCAUCUCGGAAAAUGUUCAAAUUAAAUAUUUAUUGGCAUAAAAUAGCCUCCUUGAACCCCAACAUCGAUAUCGGCACUUAAAAACCCAUGUCGUUCACUAGUAGGGAGUAAAAAACAUGGUACAUUAAAAGCCACCUAAAGACCUAGUCAUGAUUCCCGCAUUUUCACAGACCCUGUAACCAAAAUAGUUUAGUUUGGAUCCCCAUUAGCUGUUGCAUAAGCCGCAGCUAUACAUAAGACUACAAAAGAAAAUGAAUAGAACAAACGAUUACACAUUAUACAAAUCCAAAACCAACUAUAUAAUACCUGUAACCAAAAUACAGGUAUCGGGUCUGAAUGGUUCUGCUUUUUCAGAUAAAUUCAUUAACACUUCCAUUGUUUAAUACAUUUGAAAUGCAAAUAGACCCCAUGGUUUAACACCACCCCUCCCAAUUUGCCAGUAACCCACAGUAUAAAAGAGGUGUACCUGCAAGAAAGUGUUAAAGGGGCUGUUUGAAAGGGGGUCAUCAACAUUACCUUAUAUUUUUUACAGGUAAUAAAUAUACCACAUGUCUAAAAGGGGUAUUAGUACUUUGUCUAAUCUGUACUUUGUCUCCCUCUGUAGGCCCCUGCCAAGGCUGCACCCAAACCCAAGGUGGCAAAGCAAAUGAAGGUCAAUGCGCCUCGCGUUGGCGGGAAACGCUAAAGCUUUGUUGAUUGUGAAUAAACUUUCUUGGUAAUCAAAGA